GUAUCACGCAGAGAGUUCCUCCCUCCCUCCUCCCUUCUCAUUUCACACUGACUUCCUCACCUCUCUCCCCUGCCCGCCCUUUCCACUGCGCGCACAGCGUACUGUUCCCACUUUCAUCAUCAGAAUGUCGAAGGUAUACUCGAUUGUAAUGAAAGUGAGAUUGGACUGUCCUACUUGUCAGAAGAAGAUCACCAAAGCAUUAUGCUCCGUUUGUAUUUGUGAUUUGCAGACCAAGAACUUCGAUGAGAAGGAGAACACGGUGACAAUCACGGGGACGUUCGAUCCCGAGAAGUUCAUGAAGAAGAUCAGCCGCAAGGUUGGCAAGUUUAUCCUCAGUUACGAAGUGAACGAGAUAAGUGUGAAGAAAGAAGCGAGGGCGCCUAAGAAGGAGACGGCGGCAAAAGGAGAGAAACCAGCGGAGGACAAGAAGAAGGCCAAGAACGACGACAAGGAUGACGACAAAAAGAAAGGAGAUGACAAGAAAAAAGAUCCAGCACCUAAGGCUGAUGAUAAAGAGCCAGAGAAGUCAGCACCCAAACCAGCCGCUCCAGCGGCAGCAAUGAUAGAGACGCCGGCGGUCGCCACUGAGGUGUACUCGAUUCCGGCGAUCGGCGCACCGGCUAGCUGGGGUUACUAUGGGCAGUACCCCUAUGGGUACUAUCCUAAAUCUUGCCAAGGCGUCCAUGAGAGGCCGCCAUAUUGCUCAUGUGGCAGCAGCCACGGGCAAAACCACUAUGGCCAGCAAUCGGCCGGGUUCUUCAGCGAGGAGGACUCUACCUGCACGGUCAUGUAGGAAGAUCUAGAUAUGACAAAGGCACCGGUCUCAAUUGAAGAUCUGAAAUAAAGUCUUUAGUUAUGCUGGAUCAGCAGGCGUCACGCGGUGGUGCUGGUUCAGAUUGUUAGUGAUGUUCCUGAUCUGUAUGAGACCCAACUUUUUAAUUAUUUUUUCUCUUUUUUAUAUCAUUGGAACAUUAUAACCAUCGACCGGAAAGAUUAGAUCCAUCAAAUAUAGACUUCUUCCUUAGCAACCGAGUUAGCUCAUGGGUUGAGACACAUAAUAAGUCUUAGUCAGUUCUUGUGUCUGCUUCUUUAGGCACUUAUAUGGAUCCCAAUGAUAAAUAAAUGAGUUCUGAAGUCGAGAAAGGAUCGGAACAAAAUAUAUAGAAUGUAUAUGAAGUAGGAGUUAUGUCUGAUCUUUGUUAAUCCAAUAAAAAAAGAAAGUACAUAUA